AUGUUUUCAUUGAUCUGUAAACGGUUUAAAAAUAUAAAUUCCAAUCAAGCUUUCACAAACAGACGAUAUUUUUUUCAGAAAUGGUAUCCGGGAAGUUAUAGCAAUUAUAAAAGUUUUAAACGUGAAGGUUUUUCAUCAAAAAAUAGAAAAAAUUGGUAUAUUGCUGCUAUAGUUUCUGUAGCUGCAGGAGCAUAUUAUGUAUCACAUCUAGAAUAUGUUCCUGUAUCAAACAGAAGAAGAUUUAACGAUGUUUCUCCUCAAAUGGAAAAACGGUUAUCACAACAAACAUAUCUUCAGAUUAUGCGUCAAUAUAAGGGACGGAUUUUACCCCUUAAUCAUCCAAUAUCACGUCGUGUACAACAAGUAAUGGCAAGACUAAUCAAUGCAUCGAAGUUAACAAAUGUGGAAUGGGAAAUUCAUGUCAUUGAUGAUCCUCAACGUAAUGCUUUUAUUCUUCCUGGAGGGAAAGUAUUUGUUUUUUCAGGAAUAUUACCCAUUUGUAAAAAUGAAGAUGGUCUUGCUGUAGUUCUUGCUCAUGAAACAGCUCAUCAAAUUGCCCGUCACUCUGCAGAAAAACUAUCUUUUACAAAACUUGUUCUUUUUGGUUAUUUUAUUGUAUCUCUUUUUUAUGAUCCAUCCAUUUUGAGUAGAGCUAUUGUAGAUCUCUGUUUUCUAAAACCUAAUUCUAGGAAAUUAGAAACAGAAGCGGAUUAUAUAGGAUUAAUACUUAUGAGCGAGGCAUGUUAUGAUCCAAAUGAAGCACCUCGCCUAUGGAAAAGAAUGUCUAUGGCUGAAACUAAAGCACCACCAAAAUGGCUUAGCACUCAUCCUACAAAUGAAAAUCGUAUUGCUAAGAUUAAUCAAUGGAUACCCGAGGUAUGA